UUAGGUCGGCGGCGCGCGGUAAACGCUGAUUGGAUGAUGUCGCGCAGGCGCUCCAUGCUGAUUCGUCGAAUCUCUAUGCCCGGUGUCCGGGUAAGAUGGCGGCGGAAGAGCAGUGCUCGGCACCACCUCGAUGGAAGUCGAUAUCUUUAACGCACGUAGAGUAUCCGGCUGGUGAUCUGGCAGGGCAGAUCCUGGCGUAUGCCAGUCUGCUGCCGAUGGCGAUCCUGGUCGGCUUUAUCACGCUCAUCGUCUUCAAGCGAGAGCUGCACACGAUCUCGUUUUUUGGCGGUUUGGUUAUGAACGAAGGGCUCAACUGGUUACUGAAGCACAUCCUACAGGAGCCCCGUCCAUGUGGAGGAGGCCACAGCACAGUAACCACAGAGUACGGCAUGCCGUCCAGCCACUCGCAGUUCAUCUGGUUCUUUGUCGUUUACUUUUUCCUCUUUCUUUAUUUAAGAAUGCAUCAGACAAACAAUGCCAGGUGUGUGGAGUUGUUAUGGAGACAUGUGCUGUCAAUCAUCCUACUGGGUGUGGCUUUGUCUGUGUCAUACAGCAGAGUUUACCUUCUUUACCACACCUGGAGUCAGGUGAUAUAUGGGGGUGUAGCUGGAAUGGUGGUCGCUGUGGUCUGGUUUUUCAUAACACAGGAGGUGUUGACGCCGAUCUUUCCCAAGAUAGCAGCCUGGCCCAUAUCAGAGUUUUUCCUAGUAAGGGAUACGAGUCUCAUUCCCAACAUUUUGUGGUUUGAGUACACGGUGACCAGAUCAGAAGCCAGAAACAGACAACGAAAGCUGGGAACGAAACUCCAGUGAUCUGCACUCGCAGCUGGUUCAAACUGACAAAAAGGACCACAGAAAUACACACACACGAACACACACAUACCCACAACACACGCCUACAUUCUAACACACUGGAGAUCAAACAUCUGGACUGUCUGGGUUGAGGCUUUCUGUUUUCAGGUGGACCAAAAAACAAAAAAAAAAGGUUUUCAGUUGAGAGGUCAAAGGGGGUGGGGCGUGUGUAAGGGAUCAACCCUGUCCUUUCCUUUUUUUCUCUUUCCAAUGCAUGCUGACCGUGCAAGAGGCGAAGCUAUUUAACAAGAAACAUAAUAUAUUUUAACCAUUAACGCACGAGGAUAACCUGGUUUCAAAAACGAAUGAGAGAGAGAAAGAGAGAAGAUUCUUUAGUGACAUAUAGCUGGUUUUUGUUGCAGCAUGACAUUUUUUAAGGGGGGAACAUAAUUCAGUGGGGAAAUGCGUCUCCCCCCUCCUUAUAUAUUUUGGAAGUUUCCAUACUCUGGAAUAUUACACAUGUAAUAUUAAGUAAAAUAAUUUGCACUUUGUGAAUCAGAAUGGGGGGAAACACACUUAUUAUACUGAACACUAGUUACAAAACUUUAAUUUGCUCUUGUUGAACUCUUCAUGAAACAUCAUGAUGUUUUUUUUUUUUUUCCCCAUUCAUGUAAUGUAUUUUCAACAUUUGUCAAAACGAUCGUAUUCAGUUCCACUCUAUUAUUUUACCAGAAAGACAGACACAAGAUUCCGUGAUUAGGUUUGCGAUAUAUUCGCUUUCUGAAAUAGUUUUGCUUCCUUUACCUUCAAGUGUUUAUAGUCGGGAUGCUCGUGAGCAGACGAGCUGAAGCAGGUGUGUUUAAGUUUUCUAGUUCUGGGAUUGAGAUGCUCUGCUAUGCCUUUUUUUAAUGCCCCAUAUGUUGAAAAGGUACUUUUAUUGUCAUUGUUGGGAGUUUUCCCUUAACAAAAAAGAAUAUUAAUAAAAGUUUACCUGCCCAUUAAUCAGAUUUUUGUUUCACUCCAGGAAAGUUAAACUGUGUAACUUUACAACUAUAAUCCACAUACACAAUUCAGCAGGUACACAGUGACAGUGUACAUCCUGCACAGGGGCAAAUCCAGCGGGUAAUACUGCAGUUUAGAUGCUGAUAAAUAUAGCUUCUUUUUUUUUUUUUUCAAAACGGUAUGUAGGAAUCCACCAACUUGGCGCUUGGACGACUUUAAAGUGCGUUCCCGUGAACACGAGGGUGAGGAAGUAUCAGAAAUUACAUGAAACUAAAUUAGAAUUUCUCCAAAUUAUUUUCUCCAAAUUGUUUAUUGUAUAGUAUGGAGAGCAAUAUGGAAAUAUUUCCUAAAUUCUUUUGGUUGUAUUGGGAGUUUCCUUACUUAAAGUAUCUUGUUGGCACAACAGAGACUUUUUUUUUCAUUUUUCUAGUCUGUUGGACACUAAUACACCAACCCUGAUCCAUUCCAUCUUAUCUGGUAGCAUGAAAGGAAAAACCUUUAAAACCCAAACCUCAGGUGAACUAUUAGCAUGUGGGGAUGAUGGCGAUGCUGUUCUAUAGCUACUGUGCCCACGAUGGGAUGGCCAUAAAUGGCAGUCAUUAAACAAUAAUGCUUUUUUGUUUGUUUUUGUUUGUUUGUUUUUUGUGUAAUACAUAUCAGGCUGAAUAAAGUCAACUGGAUAUACUAGA